AAAGUGCCUGAAGUUUGUAGAGUGCUUCACUGUGUUGGUGUUCCCACAGUGCUGCUGACCUGGGUGAACUGUUUCCGAGUGCGGUGGGUUACCCGUGUCCAGGACCUCUUCACCGCUGGCAAGCUCCUCGCCCUCGGACUCAUCAUCGUGAUGGGCUUUGUGCAGAUCUGUAAAGGUCAUUAUGAAUUCCUAAAGCCCAGCAAUGCCUUUGACAGUCAGACAGCUCCUGGAGUUGGUCACAUUGCACUUGCCUUCCUCCAGGGCUCGUUCUCCUACAGCGGCUGGAACUUCCUCAACUAUGUGACAGAGGAGCUUGUUGACCCACGCAGGAAUAUUCCUCGGGCCAUCUUCAUCUCCAUCCCCCUGGUGACCUUUGUGUAUGUGUUCUCCAAUGUGGCGUAUGUCACAGCGAUGAGCCCCCAGGAGUUGCUGCACUCUGGAGCUGUCGCUGUGACCUUUGGUGAGAAACUGUUGGGAUCGAUGCCGUGGAUCAUGCCAUUCUCUGUUGCUCUGUCAACGUUUGGAGGGAUCAACGGAUACCUAUUCACCUCCUCCAGACUGUGUUACGCAGGAGCCCGUGAGGGUCACUUACCAAGCCUGCUGGCAAUGAUUCACAUGAAACGCUGCACUCCCAUCCCAGCUCUUCUCUGCUCCUGUGCCACUUCCUUGUUGAUGCUGAUCAUUGCGGAUAUUUAUACUCUCAUCAAUUACGUGGUGUUCAUUAACUAUUUGUGUUAUGGGGUUACUGUGACUGCACUCCUCAUCCUUCGCUGGAGAAAGCCCAACAUUUCUCGACCCAUUAAGGUAAACCUUCUGUUCCCAGUUGCUUACCUGCUGUUUUGGGCCUUCCUGUUGGUCUUCAGUUUCUACUCUGAGCCUGUGGUGUGUGGCACUGCCCUCAUCAUCAUAUUGACCGGCGUUCCCGUUUAUCUGCUUGGAAUCCAAUGGAGCAAGAAGCCAAAGUAUUUCAAUGAUGUGAUUGAAUCUGUUACGCAUUAUGGACAGAAAUUCUGUUUUGUGGUUUUCCCACAAGAGGAGACUCCAGAAGAGAAUGGCCAGCCUCCCACCUUGAACACAAACAGAAAAUGCCGGAAUGUGUAGCUCACCCUGAGCUUUGACUGUGCCUCCGAACCGUAACCAACCAGUUGUUCACCAAGCUGUGACCAACGAGGAGAGUGGGAAAGGUUUUGCCAAAAAAAACAAAAAGAAAAAAAAAUGACUGGCAA